AUGCGGGCGCGCCUGGGUCCCGUGGCCGGGGCGGCCGCGCUGUCGGGCGUCCUCAGCUUCGUGCUCCUGGCGGCGGCCCUCGCCACGGACUUCUGGUACAUCAUCGACACCGCCCGCCUGACCCCGGGCCCCCCCCCGGGCCGGACCCCCCCGGACAGGCCCCCCCCGGACAGGCCCCCCCCGGGCCCCGACCACCGCGGCUCCCACUCGGGGCUCUGGAGGAGCUGCCGGGUUCCCAACACGUGCGUCCCCCUGAUGAACCCCUUCCGCUGGCCGGACGCCAACAUCACCGACUCCCACAAGCAGCUGCUCACGAUGCAUGGGACAUUUGUGAUCCUGUUGCCGCUCAGCCUGAUUCUGAUGGUGUUUGGUGGGAUGACUGGAUUCAUCAGUAUUCUUGCAAGAGCCUACCUCCUCCUCCUCCUGACUGGAGUGCUCUUCCUCUUUGGAGCCCUGGUUACUCUCACUGGCAUCAGCAUAUACAUCGCCUACUCAGCCGCCGCUUUCCACGAAGCCGCCUGCCUUUUGGGAGAGAAGGAACUUCUGGAGGACAUUGACAUCCAGUUCGGGUGGUCUCUGGCACUGGGGUGGAUCUCCUUCGUCUCCGAGCUGCUCACGGGGUCAGCGUUCCUGCUGGCGGCCAGGGUGGUUGGCCUGAAGAGGGGGCAGGAGCAGGUCAUAUGAAGGAAAUGUCUGCCCUGUAGGACGAGUCCCACAGAGACGUGGGAAUCUGACGCUGGGAGGUGUCUGCAGAAUGUCCGGCCUUUAAUUCACUGCUU